AUGGCUUUGGUGGAUAAAGAUGUGCUGGACGCCCCCCAGGCAAUUGAAACCGUGGAUCGCACACCACCAUAUUGGAGCGAACCUGAACAUACGUCUCUAGGCGCUAUCGAAAAUAGAACAUCCUUUCGCAAUAAGCGGUCGAAUUCUUGCAAAUGGCUGCCAGACUAUGCUAGUCCCUUGUCGCACUCUAUAACCUCGGAAGACUGCAAUGUUCUUCACGAACGAGGGGCAUUCGAUGUCCCAGACCCCAGGAGCAGAGCACGGAUUCUGAACGCAUAUUUCCAGUUUGUGCACCCGGCAUUACCGAUUUUGAGCUCAGAGGAGUUCCUGAUGGUUCUUGAUACGAGUUAUAACGAUAGUCGGGGUGUCAGCUUCCUAUUGUUUCAAGCGGUGAUAUUCGCCGCUACCGCAUUUCAACCAGUCGAUUCCCUGGUGCUCGAAGGAUUCAAGGAUAGGAGAGAAGCUAGAAAAGCUCGAUUUGAUCGCAUCAACCUCCUUUAUUCUUACGGUUGCGAAGAAGAUCGCAUUGCUAUUUUGCAGUCUGUGCUGCUGAUGACAUAUUGGGACGACACCUCCGAUCAAGACCAGGGUGCUUGGCAUUUUGUUGGUGUUGCAAGGAGCAUCUUUGACUCAAUCAAAGCAAAACCAACAGAUUCGGAACAGAAGUUUAUUCAACAGCAACCGGGCCUUUGGAAUCGACUCUCCUGGUCGUGCUACAUCAGAGAUCGACUAGUUUGUCUCCAAACAAGACGUCCAUUUCAGUUUUACGAGUCCGACUUUAGCAGUGACACGCUUCAACCUUCUGACUUUGAAGCUGGUCCCUUGCCGACCGGGUGUUGUCUGGGGGAUGAUGGAAGCCACCCAGCGAUUAGGGAUCCGUCUAUGCGAAGCGUUUUGUCUCAAAUUAGUAUUACUCUGGUGCAAUGCUGCAAGUGUAUCACACGCAUUCUAGAAUGCCAAUAUACACGAUUCAGAGAACCAAAUCAAUUCACAAACAUAUUCAUGGCCACCCUUUCACCAAGACGACCGCAUGCCAUGAAUGUCGAAGUCUUGCUCCGUGAUAUUGAGCUCGAGGAAUGGCUUGCCACUCUCCCUGACGCUCUUCGAUGGUACCCAUCCGAUCCCUUCUUUCAGAUAAGCAAGCACGGAGAGGUUUUUUUGCAUUUCCGAGCAAUGCUGAGCGGUAUCUAUGGUCUUGCGUGCAGCGCUUUGCAUCGGCCGCAGCUUCUCGUGACAGCCUCAAGUCUUCCUGAGCUCACCGAGCUGUCAAAACGAAGACUUUGCUACUCGGCAGACACCAUCACCCAAACAUACAUAUAUCUGAGGUCUCGGUGUCUCACUCACUUGUUCCCAGAUUCGCAAGUCACGGCGCUAGAAACCGCUAUCAUCACACACUUGGACAACCUUGAGUCCACAGAGUCUUUGACACGUCAGUCAGCCAUGGAAUUCUUUCAAUCAUGUGCGCAGGGGCUUCAGCAGCUCACAGAAACAUACGCUUCUGCGGCAUCAGUCCUCGCAUCUUUGGAUGUUGCUAUUCGAAAUACACAGAUUUCACUUGAAAUUGAAGAUACGCAACUCCAUGAUUCACUAGAAAGCAAUAGACCCAGCCACAAAAGAAUAAUGAUGGCCCAGCGCAAAUCUAACAGCCACCAAGAGACCUUUGCUUCAUCGCCAACCAUUGCAGACCAGCUUGACAACCUUAAUCCCCCGCAAAUGAGCAAGAUGCUCUGUUCUCACUUCAUGAUGACACCUGCAGAAAGAAGUCUAUUACAGGAUCUUGCAUCUACGGAAGGAGGAAGUUUGGACCUAUACUCCGAAGAAGACAGCGAGUCAGAUGAAGAUUCAUAUACAUUCAGUGGCCCAGUACACAAUCCAUAUCAGUCACAACUCUCGUCGACACAAGCACUCCCACAAACAGAAACCAUAUUCUCAGAUCCGCAAAGACACCCUUCAAUCGACAUUUAUGAGCAUGAAAAUAUUGACGAUGAUUGGAACGUGUUGCGAUCGUUACUUUUGUAG